AUGGAGGUGGACGAUUCAGAGCAGGAGUAUGACGAAGAGGUUCUCUUUGCUGAUGACGAAGCAUCAGAAGCAAAUUCAGAGCAGACAGAACACAGUAAAUCAGACCAGCAACAAUCGCAAUCGCACCGCUUCGGAGGUUCUCGCAGUGAACAAGCACCAGCAGAAUUGCUUCGGCGCUUCUCUCACCCACAGCACAGCAGUCAGCAUCCAACAUCAGGACCAACAAGGCCGCCCGUUCAAGCACGCCCACCUACCUUGCAUUACCCUUUUGACCCUCACAGAACUGAUCCAACUGGCUUUUCACAAUAUGAAACUCCGUAUGCUCCGUCUGCCGCAUCUCAUACAUAUGGCACUACCGGUACAACGCAGCCAGCCAUGCUUCCAGGGAUGUUAGAUCCCAAUGAUCCAUCAAUGAUGAGAGGGUUCAAUCCGACUCGCACGCAGUUAGAGAACCCUUAUGCAACUAUACAGACUGUACACGGGAGACCGCAGCAGCAAUAUGCUGGUACUAGGGACGCCCAUUUCGCUAGCUCGCAGCAGGCUAAUCGGUAUGGAACUUUGCAGAGUAUACCAGAGACGCCGUGGCAAACAGAUACCACUGGAAGGGAUGCCAGCUCGCAGCCAGGUCGAAUUCCUACCAGGGAGCCAAGCAACGAGUUGGCGAAGGUUCCGCCUCACGCAAUCCUUAAAUCCAAUGAUCCUGACGACCCAUACUGUAAGUUCUGCGAGAAACGGAUAGCCUCUACUCAUUGGCAAUCCCAUAUUCAAUCGCCGCAGCACAUCGGCAAUUUUGAGCGUGCUAGGCAGACGACAGGCUUUGGGGAGCGGUCUCUGGGACCAACCGGUCCUACGCAGAGAGGGAAGUGGUGCGAGCUCUGUGGAGUUGAGAUCCUGUCAAAAAACUGGACCCAGCACAAGAACAGCCUCACCCACUUGGGCAAGGUACGACCUGGGGUUCCAGCGACACCAGAACCAGACCCGGACCCCCCAAGGGGAAAUACAGGAGAUGUGAAACCUGUAAGACAGAUAUCACGUCCUCUCACUGGCUCCAGCAUACUUCAUCGCAAAAGCAUCAAAAUCUUACAGCUCACGGGGAGCAAGUUGCCCGUGAGCAAGAACUAG